AUGAUUAUUGAAGGUGACCUCAUUUUUCAUAAGCUGUAUUGCUAUGACCUCUACAUCCCAUCUGCACCUGCACCACGGAACAAGGAGCAGACAGAUGUUGACAGCUUCAUUAAUGAGAAGAUUGUUGAAGUCCUGGAGAAAGAUGGUUACUGCUGUUACCAUGGCUGCAGGAAUUUUGUUGGUGGAGAUACCAUCAUACAGGCCAUACAGAAACCCAUGAAGAUUAUCCCUGUUACACUUAUACCUGUCUACAAAGACCAGUACUCUCUAACUCUUUUAGACAUGCUUGUAACUGCAGAUAAACUGAGGAGGAUCAUACUGCUGUUGUUUGAUGCCACCCAAAUUAAGCCCGAUCUAUGGCAAUGUUGUUUUUCAGUAGAAGCAAAAGACCCCAAACUUUUGGAUAAAAUAAAGAAAACUAUAGAUCGUCGUAGAAAACGGUCAUCACGGAGAACGAAACAAAUAGUGUCAAGAGAAAUAGACACAGAUUCUACAUCACUCUUGUCAUCCUCCAUUAGCAGAGACUCUCUCACUUCUACCCUCAAUGAGAUAUCCUGGCUCCUCUGCCAUGCAUUAACAGAGCACUUCUCUGUCACAGGGGCAGUAAGAGAAUGCCUGGAUCUGCUCCGGAGCCUGUGGGAUUGGUGCAUGCAAACUGCCACUGAGGAGAAGAAGAGUUUGGCAACGAUCAUCCUUAAUCACUCUUUCCAAAAGCUGCUUUACCACUCUCUGAGCGAAGUGAGGCACUGUGUUGCACCCCUGCUCUUCAGUGAGGAUGGCAUCUACACAUCCAUUGCUGAGCUGGGACACAAAGUGAUCCCGGCCAAUCCCAGCCACGUGGAAGCAGCUCUCCAAGAAUGCCUGCAGGCCGCCUUCCCUGAGCUAACCCUUAAGGGACGGAUGAAGACAAAUGAUAGUUGCAUAUUUGUGCAAGGAGUCACACUCGCAGGCAAUGCAAAGGUCUGCAUAGCCAAACAGCAGAGCCUGAAUGACAUCUUGCAGACGAAUACCACUGAGAGUGGCUGUGAAAGGUUUCAGGAGGUGAUCAAAAUAGUGGCUCUGUGUCAAGACAGGGAGUCCAUUGCCAAGCUGCAAAAGUCCAGCACCUGUGGAGUGCCUCCAUUGUAUGUAAUUGAAGAUGGGAAUUCACUCUUGACUUUCCUGCAGGAGAAAAGGAACAAGCUCACCCUAUCUGCUAUGAUAGGCAUUUUGAAAGACAUUGCAAGAGCUGUCUGGUCGUGUCACCAGAAAAAAGUUUUGCUUUGUAGCAUCACUCCAGCCAGCUUCAUCGUGGUCAGAGGUGAGCAGCAAGGAACAGGAGCACCUCAAGUCCGGGUCAAGCUGUCUGAUUUCCUCCAGGCCAGGCUGACUCCCCCCGAGGAUGAGAAAGACUAUUCAUCUAGUGACUACCUCUAUGAAACCAUCAAAUCUGUACAGCUCAGAGGAGACAGUGAGGAUCCACUGCCCAUAUACUUCAGUGCUCCCGAGUCCCUGCAGCAUCACCUCUUCUCGGUUUUCUCUGAUGCAUGGGCUACUGCUGCCACAUUUUAUUCUGUUCUCCUCUACGGUGGACAAACAUACUUUGAGCUCAGGCACUUGCCUGUGGCCAGAUUCAUAGGAGAGGUCUGUAGUGGGCACAGAGCACAAAGACCAGACUCAGUUCCUCUGAAACUGUGGGACAUAAUAGCCCCCAAUCUGGAGUACGAUGAGCCAAACCGUACAACUAUGGAGUCGCUGGUAGAGUGCAUGGAAAACUGUGGGAGUACCUUGGGGCAAGAUCUGGACAAGCUGCAUGAGGUCAUGAGUCAGUUCUCUCCCAUCCAUGAGGAAGACAUCAUAAGGGGCUACCUGGACAGCAGAGGCAACUUCAAGAAGAGUGUUUCAGCCAACAUACUUACAGAGACGUGUGAAGACAGUGUUAAGAUAAAGGAUGGCUGCUUGUGUGAGCUGGUGUCAUUCAGGAUGAACCAUAUGACCAAGAUGGCCCUUUGUGCACUAGAGCAUGAGAACGUACUACCAAUAAAGGAAAUCACACACUACUCCCCCGUGAAUACCUCUCUGAUCUCCCAGCCUCUCCAUGGUAAUCCACAGUCCCUAAUAGAAGUUGCUGCAGAUCUUGGCAUGGAUGACAACAAAGUUCUCACUUGCCUGGAGCAGGUUGCUUCUGCCAUGGCAUAUCUUCAUUUUAGGAGGGUUAUACACUGUGACCUGCAAUGCAGUUACAUUUACGUUAACUCUGGUCAGAGUUACCCAGAGAUGGUGGCAAAAGUUGGUCGCUGGGGAAGAGCAGUCUGUCUGCCCCAUCCAGGGACAGAUGAGAACCUCUUUGAGCCCUAUGUGCGCAAAGUUAUGCCAGCUGACUCAGCCAAAUGGGCUGCCCCAGAGGUAAGAAAUUAUGGGUUCUAUUCCCGAGCAUCAGACGUCUUUAGUUUUGGGAUUGUGAUGUGGGAAGUUUUAACGGCACACUUGAGCUAUCUGCACAUGUUCAAGCCACUGAAACCUUUCCACUUAUUGAACAGCAAGGAGGUUCUAAAAUUCACGGAGUUAAGAGAUUUCAGCUUUCCAAAGUUCUCCAGACUGACUGAAUGCAUGAAAUCCUGUUGGAAUCACAACCCUACCAGGAGACCGACAUUUUCUGCCAUACUUGACGUGAUCACAAAGGAAAAACAAGCAAUCAGGAACUCGGAGGCUGCCAUGCUUGCAGCAGCAUCUGAUAGCACUGACACAGAGGACUACGACUCUGUCUACUUCGAGAGUGAUGCCUCAGACGAGUACUCCAGCAGCCACAUUUACAGUGCGGUUGCAGACCCUGAUCUCCCACAGUGCACUGGUGACGCAUUGGACCCUCCUGAUCUCCCCCAUGUCCAGCUGCUAGAAGGGGAUGCUGUUUAUUUCUCCAAGCAAGACAGAUGGGGGCAGAUGGUCAAUGAGUUUGAGACAAAAAGAGGAAUAGAGAGGAGUCCAGCCCCUGUCAAGGAGACUGGGUGGUAUGGUGAUACUGGCAUUAUCUGGAACGAAAAAAAUAAACAUGGGAAAAGCGAGAAGUUGGACGUCUGCAAAUCCCAGCAUGGCCAGUGUCAGCCAGUAGAGGGCACUGGGAUCUCAUAACACUCGGAGCAGGCUAGCCCCACAAUCCCUGGUAGGACGGAAAAGUAACGGGACGUGCUCUCUCCUGCCUCCUCCUGUUUUCCUCAGAAAUGAUCAGACUUGUCAAGCAGCAGUUGUUCAUCUCUCAGAAUAACACGGUAUUGGUUAAUAUAGAGGAUCUCCUUUCUUUUCCUUUCCUUUUUCCUUUCCUUUUUCCUUCCCUUUCCCCUUCCCUUUCCCGUUCCCUUUCGCCUUCCCCCUUUCCCAUUCCCUUUCCCCUUUCCUUUUCCUUUUCCAUAGCAGAUUCUACCAGUCUUCCAAUGGACUGGUUAAUGAUGAUAUUAUUUCUAAACACUGUUCCAAACUGGUUCUCCAGCAGGAGCCUGCCACCCCCAUAAACUACCUCUGUGAUCAUGGUGCAAGGACUUUGCUUUUGCUAUACAUUAAUUUAAUUAAAAGUAACACAUAUUUAAUGUUAAAGUAUGAGUACAUGAACUUUGGAAUAAAGCUGGGUGGUUUUGUUUACUGAAACACCACUGUGAUAACAGUGUUUGUUUGCUUGCUUUCCAAAACUUACUGGAUUUGGAUGAAGAUAGGAAAACAAAAAAAUAGAUUGCUUUCUGUUGGAGCUACAGUUCUUCCCCUUCCUUCCUCUCAGCUGUCAUUAGGUGAAUUCAAGACCUUCCACACUGUAUAGCAGCAU